AUGAGUUCCUCAGGCAGCGAGCUUGCUCCCAACUUCGCUCCUUUCUUUGGCUUUGCCGGAUGUGCCGCCUCCAUGAUCUUCUCAUGUGUGGGUGCUGCCUUCGGUUCUGCCAAGUCCGGAAUCGGCAUUGCUGGUAUCGGUACCUUCAAGCCUGAGCUUAUCAUGAAAUCGCUUAUUCCCGUCAUUCUUUCGGGUAUUUUAUCCGUGUACGGUCUUGUCGUGUCUGUGUUGAUCGCAGGAGACUUGAACCCCCAGGACGAAUACACUUUGUUCAAUGGCUUCAUGCACUUUGCAUGUGGACUGUCCGUUGGGUUGGCAUGUAUGGCCCUGGGAUACGCCAUUGGUAUAGUUGGUGAUGAGGGUGUGAGGCAGCUUAUGCACCAGCCUCGUUUGUUUGUGGGUAUUGUGUUGAUUUUGAUUUUCGCUGAGGUGUUGGGAUUGUACGGCUUGAUCAUCGCCUUGAUCUUGAACACCAAGGGUAAAUAA